AAAAGCUCACACAGCAGAGUUGUCAAAAAGCAGCAUGACACACACAGUCUGAUCUCCUGGUUGAGGGAAAAAGCAGGAUUUUAGCCACUGACAUGACCGAUUUCAAGUUUGAUUACCAAUGGAACUACACAGACUAUGAAAAUGACACAAAUGAUAACGUGUCGUCAACGAACCUGUCACACCAUGUAGAGGACAUUUGCUCUGAGGAGAUUCUGUGCAUGUUGCUGCUGGUUGUGAAUGUGGUCAUCAUUGUGCUUGGGCUUGUGGGAAACGGUGUGGUGAUCUGGAUCGCAGGUUUUAAGAUGAAGAAAACUGUUAACACCAGCUGGUACCUAAGUCUGGCUAUUUCUGAUUUCAUAUUUUGUGCCACUUUGCCACUUAAUACCUUGUACCUAGCCACAUCUGACUGGACCUUUGGACAAUUCAUGUGCAAGUUUACCUCCUUCGUGAUGUUCCUCAACAUGUUCAGCAGCAUCUUUCUUCUCGUCAUCAUCAGUGUGGAUCGUUGCAUAGCUGUCAUCUUCCCUGUUUGGGCAAAAAACCAGCGCACCAUAAAGAAAGCUUCUUUGAUAGUUUUCCUUGCAUGGGUUUUUUCUGUCUCAUUGAGUGUUCCGUCCCUUAUUUUUCGUGACAUUCAAGACCAACUAGGCAGAACCCUCUGCCACAAUAAUUACAAUAGCCAUGACACUCACAAUUCUAUAUCGAUCUGUCGGUUCAUUUUUGGGUUCUUGAUGCCAUUCUUGAUCAUCAUUGUCUGCUACUCAAUCAUCAUCUUUAAACUGAAAAGCAACCAAAUGGCAAAGUCUUCAAAGCCAUUCAAAAUCAUGACAGCUCUCAUUGGGACUUUUUUUCUCUGCUGGCUGCCAUAUCACACAUUUGUGCUGGCUGAGCUGAAUCAAGGCUUCCCCAUCGAAACUAUUACCUUAGGGCUCAAGAUUGGAACCUCAAUCGCUUCAGCUAAUAGCUUCCUCAAUCCAAUUCUCUAUGUUUUCAUGGGCAAUGAUUUCAGGCGAAAGUUUAAGAACUCUAUCCUGUCCAAGAUCGAAAACGCAAUAGGAGAGGAAGGACGCACCACAAGUCGCUCACCCGUUCCAGUUUUAUGGAUGCCAGAGCAUUGACACACAUCUGAUUUGACAUGGAACUAUAAAACAGAAACUCAGCUUCUGAUUAAUUUGUACAUAGUAUAUUUAAAUUUUGGUGGGAAAUAUACUGUUUGAGGAUAAUUAUUUGGUCUCUAUGUGACUUUUUCUAUGUGAAAAAUCUCAUUUUAAUCGUACAAUACUUACAUACUUAAAUACACAAUUUACCCCGAUCAGCCAUAUUAAUAACACAGGAUCAUUGGCACCCAAGGCUCAUCUAUUCCUACAGGGACCAAAUUCUCACCUGUCCGGUCUUAUCUCACAGAAAACAUAAUGUAGCACAAAUUGCUUAAAAGAAAUGCUGGCUAUGAUAGGCUGUUGAUCUGGCCUCCAAAUUCCCCAGAUUUCAAUCUUAUUGAGCAUCUACAGUAUAGGAUGUGGUGAAAAAAGUCUGAUGCAUGCAGGACUCACCCGACAACUUACAACAAUUAAAGGAUCUGCUGCAGAUGUCCAGGUGCCAGUUAGCACAUCACACCUUCAGAGGGCAUGUGGAGUCAGAACAGUGGUGUUAAUGUUAAUGGGUUUAAUGUUAUGGUUGAUUGGUGUGUAUAUUGUCACAAAGCAUAAAAAAACAUAUCUUAUAAUCAGACAAAAAAAUUUGACCUCAAUUGGUAACCCUGUGUAACUGUGUGACAUUGCACACGUGUUAUGAUAUGAAGAACUGGAAGUCAGCAGGAGAAACUGUCUAUUUUUCUUAAUUGUAAAAUACUUACUGUGUUGAGAUAUAUAAAUUGGGUAUCAUCAGCAUAACAAUAGAAACUAAUCCCAUGUCUUCUAAUUUAGUUACCCAAGGGAAGCAUGUAUAUUGAGAACAGAAGUGGUCCUAAAACUGACCCUUGUGGGAUCCCACAUUUUACUGGCAUUACACCAGACGGUUCUCCAUUUAGAUCUACAAAUGGUAUCGAUCGGACAGGUAUAAUCUAAACCAUUUUAAUGCCUGUCCCUGAAUACCUAUUUAAUUUUGUAAGUGAUCUAUGAGAAUAUUAUGAUCUAUAGUGUUGAAUGCAGCACUAAGAUCAAGUAAGACUAGUAUUGAGAUGCAGCCUUGGUUUGAAGCUAAAAACAAGUCGUUUGCAAUCUUAACUAGUGCAGUUUCUGUACUAUGAUGGGGCCUGGAACCUGACUGAAAUUCUUCAAGGAUGUUGUUUUCCUGCUAGAAUGUGCAUAUUUGAGCUGAUAUUACUUUUCUAAUAUUUUUGAUAUAAACGGAAGGUUUGAAAUCGGUCUAUAAUUUGUUAUUUCAUCCGCGUCCAAAUUAGUUUUUUUUUUUAAGAAGCAGCUUAAUUACUGCCAACUUAUCAACCUACUGUAAAUAUAAUAAGGAAUCAAUAAUGUUUAGAAGUGGCUUUCCAACCGUAUGCAUCACGUCUUUUAAAAAUCUGGUUGGGAUUGGGUCUAACAAGCACGUUGUUGAUUUAGCUGAGGUGAUAAGUUUAUACAGCUCUUCCUGUCCUAUACCUUUAAAGCACUGAAAAUCUACAUGUGAAGCUUUAGGCUGAUCUAGAGCAUAAGAAACUAUUAGAGGUUGAACAUCCAUUAUUUUCUUCCUGAUACUAUCGAUUUUUUCAUUAAAGAAGUCCUUAAAGUCUUCACUUCUAAACUGUGAUGGGAUACUCUCUGCGGGCAUCUUAGGUUUAGUUAGGCGAGCCACUGUACUAAAUAAGAACCUGGGAUUGUUUUGGUUUCUUGCUAUCAUUGAAGAUGCUUGAUUCUAGCAGUUUCUUGAGCCUGUCUAUAGCUGCACAUACUGUCUU